AGCCUCUCUGCUCUCUCUCUCUGGAUUUCCUUCUUGAUUGGAACAGUGCAAUAGUCGCUUAAGCACAGGAAUCCAUAUCAAAGUACCCAUUAAAGAUCUCCCUUGGAACAAGGCUAUCGGCUGUCUGCCUCCUUGAGCAAACAUUCUUCCCUUUGUCUGCCCCUGGCGCAGCAUCUCAGCGACCCCUCGACGUUGAGACCCCUCCGGCGCUUCCUGAAACCGAUAAAGGCGCACGGCCAUAUCUGAAGGUUCGCUGCUCAACCCCAGAGCGACGAUCCCAAUCGGACGAGGCGCUUUUGAUGCCUACGACCAUCCAAGGUCUUGCCAAAGAAAUCCAUUAAGCGGCCAAAUCGUCAGUUGCAAGGUCUGGCAGGGGCGGCUUUGACGAACCUCAACCUGCAAUCAACCACUGCUCGCCAAGCAUCUUCCAACCUUCUUUGUCCACGCAGCGAGCGAUUGAGCGCUGGCCUUUCUUUGUGUCCAGAGAAGCUCAAACUCUUGUCGUUCCUUUUAUACACCGCCACUCAUUAUCACAACGACUGUCUCAAGGCUGUUCGCUGACAAAGCCGGUGCCGCUCCCCAGGAUCUUUCCUCUGGGGAAUCUUCCAACCAAACCCCUCCCAAACGUCCAUCAAUCCUGCAAAGACUGCAUAUCCACACGUCUGGGAGGAAGAACAAACCUACUCCAAACCUUACCAUCCGGCCCACCACCUCCUCUUCGCUUCCCCCUCUCUCAACCACCGUGAGUCGGGCUGGCUCAUCUCAUUCCUCCGAUGCCGCAACCAUCGCCGAGAUCACCGAUAUCAUGCCGCAAUCUUUAUCCCUGAGCACUCCGCCGCAGGGGUCCGUCAAGAGGCAACGGUCUCAAGAGAUGUCUGCCAACGUCUCGCGACCGACUUCUCGCGGCCAGGCGCAAUCUAACGGUGUGGUUGGCAAGCCUGAUGACUCAGCAAGGCAGAUGAAUGUCAAGAUACCUCCCUACCUAAACAAAACCCGGGCCAAGAUCUCAUUGGCGUUCCAGGAACUGGAGUGGAAGCAGAGAUAUCGCCUUCAGCAUGCCUCUCAAAAUCCACACACGUCUCCAUUCCGCGUCGACCGCUCGUUGGCCGUCAUCAGCCGCAACCGCUAUGGCAAUGUUCAGCCCUGGGAAUCAUCAAGAGUCAAACUGAAAACCCCAAUUGGCGGCUCUGACUAUGUCAACGCGUCCCCCAUCACCCUCAGGAGUCGCCUUGCUAAAAAGCCUCGGAGUGGUACUUCAACUCCCGCGUCGACUGGCCAACCCUCUCUUCCUCUGCCAGCCCCAGUCGAAAGUAAUUACAUCGCCACCCAAGGUCCAAAGGAAGGGCAAUUCUCCCACUUUUGGCACAUGGUUAUGCAAGAAACACCGGGCGACGUUGGCGUCGUUAUCAUGCUUACACAGCUCUAUGAAGGAAACAAGGAGAAAUGCGCCCAGUACUUCCCUCCCGAUAUGGACAACCCGACGAUAGUUCUGCCUGCCCACGAGGAUGGCAAUGAUGAUGGAGACGCAGAGACCCUGGAUGACGGUGAUCCCUUUCUGGACUCCCCUCCGAGAAGCGCUGAGACUGAUAGUGUUGGAACAGAUCCUGAAGAUCCUGAAAACGAGGCACGAAGCGGCCGUGGAGAUGACGGACAAGAAGCUCCGGCCCAAGAGCAAGGGCAAUGUGGCUCCGUUACUCUCCUUUCCCGAGAUUACGACGCCAAGAUUGGCUGUGAAGUCCGCAAACUUCGAUUGACGAUUGACGGUGAAGCCAAAACCAUCUAUCAUUACCUGUUCCAUGGUUGGCCAGAUUUUGGCAAGCCCGAGGCAGAGGAUCGCAGGGCUCUGCUGGAACUGACGAAGGUGUCAAGAGCGGUUGCGGGCGAUUCUCCCCGAAUUGUGCAUUGCUCUGCCGGCGUCGGUCGGACCGGCACCUGGAUAGCGCUGGACUUCCUCCUACAAGAGCUUGAAGCAGGCCGACUGGUUGAGUCUUCCGCUCCUCAGACAGGUACGCAUACACCGACAACGAAUUCCAACGGCGCAGGCACGUGGGGCAGGAGCGGGCCUCCAAAAGCAAGCACACCCGAUCCAAAAGAUGAAGAUGAUCCCAUAUGGGAAACCGUCAACACGCUGCGCGAACAGCGCAUGAUGAUGGUCAUGAACGAAUUGCAGUACAGCUUCCUCUACGAAGUCCUUAAGGAGGCGUUCAUUGACAAGUACGCGGAAAAGGAGACCGGGCCCAUCGUCAUCGAGGUGCAAGAGCCGAGCCCCAAAGUGGCGAGGAAGAGGUCACCGUUUGGUGGAAUGUUUCGUGGUGGUCGCGUGGGAACGGUCAAGCGGGACGAGGAUACGGUGUCGGCGGACGGUGUUGAGAUGGGCGAAUCGGAGGCGGAGACGGAGAUCAUGGAGAAGGAAAAGGCCGGCAUCGAGCUCGAUAUGGAGAGCCAAGCACGCGACCACGGUGAAGUAGAUGAGGACCCAUAUGCCGCUGUGGCACCAGAGUCGAUCCGUGCGGGACAACAGAAGAACGAACAAAAUGAGGUACGUGAGCACGAAGUCAAGUGAAACGAGUCCAUGACUUGCCGUUGCAUUGGGUGGGAUGAAGCAUGAUUGUAUGAGCACGAACUUGUCAUAGGCCAUUGAAGGUUUUCGACGCCGAGGCACAUGCAGGAGAUGACAAUCCUGUCUGAGAUGCCAGUUUCCCCGGGCCGGAGUCAACUGGCUUUUCGAGAUGUUUGGGUAACGAAAAGGACUGGAGAUGGUCCCUGGCGGCGUUCUCAGACGCGAGCAUGGAAGUCCAAACUGUACGGAUGGUGUGCUGGACUCGGGAUUGGAAACAAGGCAACGGAAUAAAAUGGCAUGUUUUUGUACCACAUUCGUUCUAUCCGUCC